AUGGAGUUCUCAGUCCAUCAUCUCCAGAAGGGGAAGUUGGGAGUACACAUCGCACAAGCAGCCUUAAUUUUCAUCGCUUGGAUUCUCGAGAUCACCGUCUUUACCUCAUCGGCCACCAUUGAUGGCAGACCUGGCUGGUUCUUUGGUCUGUGCUUCCUCACGAUUCCUGCCUUGAUCUUCCUUACGAUGACCCCUCGUUUCCCACGAACACGAAAAUUCGCCAAUCCUUACGCGCUUGCAGCAGUUGAUUGUUUCUUCUGCAUAUUGUGGUUGUCUGCCUUUGCUUCGCAAGCCAGUUUUAACUCCAGUGGGAAAUGCGGGAGUGGAUGUGGGAGGAGCAAGGCAAUUGUCGCGAUGGGAGUGUUUGUCUGGUCUGUCUUUCCUCCUUUCUCUUCUACGCCAGUUGCGAUGCAAAUCGAAGGGUUAUCAUGGGUACUGACCUCCCUCAUGUCUCUCUACGGUGUUGUCUACUACAAGCGGGAAGGAUAUCUCCCAGGGGCUUCUAGGGCACCCCAGAACGCCCAGAUGAUUGAUCCCGACAAAGAGGCUUUCUCCACUGCGCCACACGAGGACGAAUAUGCCCCAGUACACGAUACCGAUGAUCAUGAUAGCAUUUCCGGUUCUCAUCCUUCAAAUUAUGGCGGAGGCCCGUCGACCACGCACUUGGGUGGGGGCAGCCAGAGCAGCAGAUAUGAUGGCGGGUACAGUGGAGGAUAUGUGCCACCGACGGUCCAUGAUGAGCCUACGAGUUAUACGGGAUAUGCUGGGUCAAGCACCUCGGCGGGGACUCCUGGCGGACGAACGCAGUUUCCGCAGGCGAGAUAUGAUAACGUGUAG